CUCCGCCACUCUGGUCCUGGCCUACCUCAUGCUGCGCCAGCAGAUGUCCCUGCGCCAGGCGGUGAUCACCGUGCGGCAGCACCGAUGGGUCUUCCCGAACCGAGGCUUCCUCCACCAGCUCUGCCAGCUGGACCAGAAGCUGCGGGGUGCAGGCCGGAGCUGAGGGGCCAGAGCUGGUCCUUGCUCCCUGCCACGGGGCUCUGCCACUUUGCCACCCUGGCACUGGCCCUGCUGGCGCUGCUGGGGGCUCUGGUCCAGGUGGACACCCAGAAGAUGAUCAGAGCCCAGUGCGGGGUCCGGCCUACAGCCUGCUACUCCUUCCGCUUCCUCAGGCUGCCUGCACUUUCUCUCAGCCACUGUCUUCAGCCCCCACAGAAACAGCAGCAAGUGCGCAGAGACAAGCGGCUGGAAGUCAGCAGCACAACGUGCCUGUCAGACAAGACCAGAGCCCGGGCCAGAUCGCCCCGCAGGAUGGAUUCCCUGCAGAAGCAGGACCUCCGGAGACCCAAGAUCCACGGGACAGUCUCUGUGUCGCCCUACCAGCCGCCCACGCUGUCCUCACUGCAGCGCUUGCUGUGGGUCCGUCGGGCCACCAUGCUGAGCCACAUCGACGAGGUCUGGCCCAACCUCUUCCUGGGAGAUGCGUACGCAGCCCGGGACAAGAGCAAGCUGGCCCAGCUGGGCAUCACCCAUAUUGUGAAUGUUGCCGCGGGCAAGUUUCAAGUGGACACAGGUGCCAAGUUCUAUCAUGGAAUGCCCUUGGAGUACUAUGGCAUCGAGGCUGAUGACAACCCCUUCUUUGACCUCAGUGUCCACUUCAUGCCUGUUGCCCGAUACAUCCGAACCGCCCUCAGUGUUCCCCAAGGCCGCGUGCUGGUACACUGCGCCAUGGGGGUGAGCCGCUCCGCCACUGUCGUCCUGGCCUUCCUCAUGAUCUACGAGAACAUGACACUGGUGCAGGCCAUCCAGACGGUGCAGACCCACCGUGAUAUCUGCCCCAACUCGGGCUUCCUCCGGCAGCUCCAGGUUCUGGACAACCAACUGGGGCGGGAGACGGGGCGACUCUGACCUGGUGGACAGCCAGGAGCCCUGACCCUCUGGUUAGCGUGGCCCCACCCACCAGGGGACAGCAGCCUCUGCUGUUUCCAGUGACCUUGAGAUGAACAUAGCAAGUGGGGCUUAGCGGAGGCAGAGGCAGGGAGAGCUGGUUGGUGCCCUUUUAGCAGGUGGAUUUCCCUGACCCAAUCCAGAGAUUCUUUAUGCAAAAGAGUUCAGUCUCUCUCUAUAAUAAAAGGUUCAUCAUAAUAAAGA